UCGCAGCCACACUUACUAGCCACAGCCAUGACUAAUCCUACUCUUUGGUCUCCAAUAGUGAACCCUCAACGGUCAGCAACCAUCCAAGCGCUGAGAGACUGCCAUCCUCCAGUCAACCCCCAAGUCCAUUCUACGUUCCACUGCACAAUGAUACUCUUCAACAUCCGCACCACUUGUAACGUGCGUAUCAUUCGCAAUACUCGCAACGCUGCCGCUCAACUGUAGCUGCAUUGCGUAACAGCGGACAUCUGGCCAGCACUCCGUCCGCCUUCGUCGAUUGUGAGCCCCUCCUUGAUGGUGUGACGAGACAAUAUUAUGGAGAGUUGGACAACAUCGCUUCGCGUUAUACGAGGUCGGUCGCUUGCAGGCUAUUCUGUUGUACAAUAUUGAGACGCGAU